UAUUACGGAGUCAUAUUUUUCCAAUGUUGAAAAUUUGAUCAGACACUUCUAGAGAAAAAUUUCAGUGUUGACUGUUGAAUGAAAAUUAUUUUCUUUGGCGCGUGGGGACUUCAUACAAUUUGUUGAAAAUUUCGCACAAAACCACCUAUUUAAUAAGAGAAUUUCUUAGGAGUUUUUUUGAGCUUCUGUGUCACUCUCUCUCUCUCUCUCACUUUCUCUCCCUCCAAACAGCUUCUUUCUUCCAUUUUUGGUUGGAGAUCGAUCAGACCCGGCAUGGCGGACGCGUUGACAGAAGAUCAGGUUGCCGAAUUCCGGGAAGCCUUUUGUAUGAUUGACAAAGAUUCAGAUGGGUACAUUACAAUGGAAGAACUAACAGCAGUGAUCCAAUCGCUGAAUGAACAUCCAACAAAAGAAGAGGUACAAGAAAUGAUAAGCGAAGUUGAUAUUGAUGGGAAUGGGACAAUUGAUUUUGAGGAGUUUGUGAAUAUCAUGGCAAGAAAAAUGAAGGACAACGUAGCCGAGGAACUAAGGGAAGCUUUCAAAGUAUUUGACAGGGAUCAAGAUGGAUUUAUUUCAGCCAAUGAGUUGAGACAUGUAAUGAUAAAUUUGGGGGAGAGAUUGACAGACGAAGAGGCUGAACAGAUGAUCAGAGAAGCUGAUCUAGAUGGAGAUGGUUUAGUGAGUUUUGAAGAGUUUGCGAGAGUGAUGAUGAUUACAUAAAAAGAUGAUCACACAGAAGACAAAAUAAAAGAAAAGGAUUUAAAAUAUACCUUUUUUUUUCUUUUGUCAUUCUUGCUAUCAUAAAUGAUGAUGACGAUAAAUACAUGAAUAAUAAGAUUUAUUAAUAAUUUUUUUUUGUUUUUUAAUUUUUUUUAAUUUUGUGAUGUGUUUUUUUUCUUCUUCUGAGUUCGUAGUUUGAAAUUUGAAUUAAUGUUCGAGAUUUACUUCUAGAAUUGACUAGUAUAAUCAGUCAAAUGUCACGUUCACAAUCGAUUGACAAUGACAAUCAAAUCUUUGAUAUCAAAGGAGACUUAUAUGUAGUUUCUAUACAUUUUGUACAGCUUAAUUCCUUUCAUACAAUGUGUAUUACAUAUGAAAU